CACGGUACUACAUCGUCGAACGUCGAACAUAGAGAGAAUAUUUCAAGUGAAAUACGAACGAAAAUUAGCUAGUUACCAUCGUGGUCAAUGUCAUCAUCGUGUCUGAUGGGCGAGUGACGAUUCGCCGCGGUUAAUCGUGCAUAAGGACAACGCUAACAUAAGAUUGAAGAUGAAGUGGCCAUUAACACUGCUGUGCUUUCUGCUUCCUCAAUCGUGUAUCUUCGGGGCGCCUGGUUCCGGCUCGAACUGUCAAUUUCCAGCGCAGUGGAGGGGAAGCUGGUUCCAAUCGGGCGAGAACACCUUGAUAACGAUUAACGGCACGCGCAUAUCCAACAAAGGCCAAUGCAGCGAGAAUCAAGGAGAUAUGUUUCUCAUUUACGAUCAAAACGAGAAAUGUUCCCGAUGCCUCGUGAUGCACGAAAAACAUCCAAAUGUCAUUCAAUACAAAGAGACGUUUUGCACGGUAGGCGACUGGGACAUCUGCGUGCAUUUGGCCGGCGACGCGACCCUCUACUCGCUCUUCCGAUCGAACGCCGCGCCUUCGUCCUGUCCGUUUCACGGACCCCUCGAGUUCUCCUAUACUCGGGGCGGCGAAAAAUCCUGCAUGUCACCGCUGUCGCAGGCCGACGCCUGCACCCAGGACUCGAAGCUGCUCAUGCGUUACAUGGCCUGCGCCGACGUCAGUGGCACCGAGAGCUCGAACGUGGAAAUGGAAUGCCUGGCAACGUGGAAGGAGGGCAGCACGCAGUAUCUCGUGGCGCGUCUCAGCGGCACCGGUAUGGUCAAGGACGAGGACAGGUAUCGCUGCUUCGCCUACGCCAAGUCCAGCAACACCACGUGGAAUCUCGGCCAGAGCGGGGACGCCAGCUGCAACGGCCUGACGAGCGCCACCGACGGCGCCAAGACCCACAAGAUGAUACAGAAACCCGAAACGCCUCGCUGCACAUUCCCGAGCUGGCUGUACAAGCUGCAUUCGUGGGUAGCGCUGGAAUCGACCGCUGGUACGCGACUCCUGGCCUCGUACAACAAUCUCACCAUUCUGGACGAGCACGAGACCCAGUACACCUGUCACUCCAUGGUCAAAAGUAGCCACCAUCAUCCGGGACGAUUUCAAAUUGUGACCAGAGCCACCCGAGGCUGCACGAACGGCUACGUCUGCAUGGUGUUUCACCGGCGAGACGAUCACGUUAUGGAGCUGCAGCAGUCGCAAAAUUGGUCCCAGCAAGACGACGAGGCGUGCAAGCUCAGCUCUUUCAACCCCUUAUCGGCGCCUUACACAACCUUCAUCACUAUGGAACCAAUGACCCGUCAAUGCCCGUACCUCGGCCGCUACUCCGUGGUGUUCGUCACGAAAUCAGCAAGCGCGGAACAUAACGACGUGUGGCCAUCAAGACCGUCAUUGAAUAACAACAACAACAACAACGGCCUGUCCAGUCAAUACAAUGCCAACAACAAUAACAACAAUAAUAACAACAACAACGUCAUGACUAAUCACCGACGCAUCGACAACGUCGAGGAAAACGUCGCCGAAGUGCGAUCCAUGCAGGCGACGACACAAUCGCCGGCUCUGCCCGUUCGGUGUCAUCAAGCACGAGUGGAGGGUCUAAAUAUCGGCUGCACAAAGCCCGACAUCAUGGAAUUCGCCACGGAUUGCACGGAUAAAGCCUUGUUCAAAUAUUCGUGUCACGGCACUUGGGUGGAGAACGACACGGCCUAUCUGGUGGCGAGCACAGAGACCGGCCGCUACUGUCUCGUCUACAGCGCCACGGCCUCUGCGGUGACAACGCAGGGCUCCUCGAUCACCGGCAGCAGAGAGCUCACCAUUACCGGGCACAUGGCCUCGUGUCCCCGGCAGUCGCAUCUGCAUAAGCACGAGUGGCGAGUCAAUCUCACAGCGUACACGCAAUGCGAUGACGUUUCGUCCGCGUCGACGUGGCGGUCAUCCGGCACUUCGCUAACGACGCACAUGGUCCUCGUCGUAGGCAGUUUAGCGAUUCGCUACCUGGGCAGGUGAUACUGUUGCUGAAUGUAAAUCAUAUAUGGCGUUGAAAGCGCUCCAAUGAUUAUUUUUGACGCGUAAGCACCGAUGGUUGUCGUCGACCGAUCAACUGUUUCAAAUGUCUUGGUAAAGACAAAUCCUAAUAUACUAAUAGAUAAUGUAGAAUAAUAGGCUUUUGCGCGUCUUUGUAAGUGGAUUUUUUUUUAUUUCAUUCUUUUGUUCAAAUAGGCCCAGGGAUGAAAUAUAUUUUUAAAUAUGCAAUAGUUUUAGCGUCGAGAAAUUUUUAUUUCAGAAUGCUUUAUUUGCGAAUACGGUAGACUUCGAGCAUCCUUUCGAAUAGAUUUUCAAAAUUUCACUCGAGCAUUAUUGAAACAAAUAAUUGUUUCUAUUUAAUUAUUCAUUUAUGCUUAGGGAAGGCAAAGAAACGUAAGAAAUCAAAAAAAGAUAUUAUCAAAAUUUUAAAAUUAUUCAAUAAACAAAUGCGUGUACCCUUGAUACGGACGUAGUAAAAAAGAGUAGAAACCAUACGGGGUGCUGGGGCCAAAUAAAUUAUGAGGAUAAUUGCGCUUAUUGAAAAGCAAAAAAUAUUGAAAAUUUAUUCAAGGAUGCUAGAUUGUCGAUUUACGAACAGAUGUAAAAAAAUAUAUAUUGUAAAAUAUUAACCAAGUCAUUCCUGUGAAUUAGUUAUCAAAAUAAUGAUUGUUAUUAGCUUUGAAAACUACUUUUGUAUGAAAAUAAGUAUCAAAGAAAAAAAUUAGUUAGA